CGCUUCAGAAUCCUUCUGGAGGUGGUGGCUUGUGCCGCCUCAAUCGACGGCAGCAUCCAAAACGCACUUCUCGUGAGACUUCGUGUCUGUCGCUACAGCGUGGGGAUCGCCUGGCCAGACAAAUACCAGUCGGAUGAAGCCCUGGAGACUGGCGAAGCUUGUGCUGACUUUCCCGUGACACCUGACUGGGGCAGUCAAUUUGAGAAUUUGCUUGGAGGUCGUAGCGGACGCAAACUGCUGCAAGGUGGUGACAUUCUGGAGUUGAGAGCCAAUUUCCUUCGUUUCAAAACGGUGGUUAAUGACAUAAGCUGGUGCUUAGGCUUUCGAGGUCUCACUAGAAGGCCGUGA